AUGCCAGACCUCACCAGUCUCCCACCCGAAAUCCUUUUCACCAUCCUCUCCUACACAGAGCCCAACCUCAACCCCACGAUCUCCACCUACCCGCUCAACACCCUCGCCGCAACAAACAAGCACCUCAACGCCAUCGUCGAAGAAUACGCGCGCAACCUCCUCAAACGCCACGCCGACAUCGUCUUACCUAAGAACACGCGCAUAUACACGUGCCGUCGAAAAUGGCUGGGCGACAUGUGUUACUUCUGCAAGAAGAAGACACAGCGGAAAGCGUGUCUUUACAAGAGCGUGGCAUGUUGUCUAGCAUGUGACAGAAAAGAGUACGAGAAGAUGGCAAGACAAUGA